GCAACCAAAACCCCAUUUCCUCUCUCUCCUCAUCUGGUCUCUAUAUAAUAAUGUAUCCUCUGCCUCCAUUUUCUCUCUUCAAAGCAUUCAAUUCUAAUCCAAGCCCCAAAACAAAGUAUAGAAAUUCUCCUCACUAAUUCCCAAAACAAAUGGGUGAGAAAGAUGCAGCGAAAAGCGGCGGGGACGAGAAAAAGGGAGACGCAGGAAAGAAAGAAGAGGGACCAACGACCGUGGUGUUGAAGCUCGACUUGCAUUGCGAAGGCUGUGCCAAAAAAGUUAGGAAAGCUGUUCGUUAUUUCGAUGGUGUGGAGGAUGUGAAGACGGACAUUGGGAGCAACAAGUUGACGGUGAUAGGGAAGGUAGACCCGGCCAAAGUUAGGGCCAGAGUGGAAGAUAAGACUCAUAAGAAGGUGGAGAUCAUCUCUCCUCAGCCCAAGAAGGACGGUGGCGCCGCCGCAGAUAAGAAGCCCGACGCUAAAAAGGAGGAUAAGAAGGUCGACGACAAGAAACCUAAAGAGAGUACGGUAGUUUUGAAGAUUCCCGUGCACUGUGAGGGAUGCAAACAUAAAAUAAAACGAGCCAUACGGAAGAUCAAAGGGGUAGACUCGUUGACAAUUGAUGAUCAGAAAAGUUUGUUCACUGUGAAAGGGACAAUGGAUGUCAAGGAGCUUGUACCAUAUCUAAAAGAAAAAUUGAAGCAGAACGUGGAGGUUAUACCACCAAAGAAAGACGAAGGUGGCGGUGAGAAGAAGGAGAAAGAAGGCGGCGGAGACAAAAAAGAGAAAGCUGCCGCCGCCGGCGGUGGUGAAAAGAAAGAUGGCGGUGGUGGAGAUGGGAAAAAGAGUGAGGAGGUGAAAGUUGAGGUGAACAAAAUGGAACAUUACGGAUAUUCUCCAUAUUCAUUUUUUACUGCACCAAUGCCUAGUCAGGGUUAUAUAGAUCAUGGUUAUAUGAAUCAAGGUUAUGGUGUACCUGUGUAUAAUCAAGGUUAUAUUAACCCUGGUUACAAUCAAGGUUACAUGGUGGAGUACUCGCACCCACCUCCGCCUCCUCCUCCACCUUCGUACGCACAUGGUCCUAAUAUGUUCAGCGAUGAGAACCCUAAUGCGUGUUCUGUCAUGUAAAAAAACGUGAUAAAUUGGGAGAUGAGGUCAUGGAUUCAAAUUGAAUUGUAAAUAAAAAAGGAGGCCGAGUAUAAUACAAGAACAUAUAGGAGAGGACAUGAAUUUCCUUUUGGAAAUGGUCAUUUUUAGGUCACGUAUAGCUGAAGUGUGCCGGCUAGGCAGUUUAAUAGGUUAAAAUUGAUAGGUUUGUUUUGACUUGUUUGUAUUAUUUACUUGGUUCUAUAUUCAAUUUGUGUUCUUUAUGUUAAUCUAUGGAAUGUGAAUUACACAAAAGUUAACGUUGAAUGAGGUUU